CAAAAACAAAUGAUACUACUCAUCUGUUACUUCUCAGCUUUGAUAAUACCAUUUUAGGGUUUUCAGCCACUAUGUGUUCUAUUUUACUUCUCUGAACAUUCUAUCUAUAUCAGUGAACUAGCAGUUAAAAGGGUUAAAUCUUUUCUUUGCUAAAAUUGAUCUGUUUUUCUCUCUUUGUACUUGAGUUUUCGUUUUGGUUUGCUUGAAAAGUGAUCAUCAAAACUUUUAGUUUCGAAAAGCACAAAAAUGGCUGACAUAUUGAGUACUGUACUUAGUUCUCAUUAUGUUACUGAAUUUUUCAUCCUUAUUAAGCUCAACCUUUCUUACAUACUUUUAUGUUUGGUGCUAGCAAUGUUUUUAGCGAAACUGUACUCCAUGGUUAAACGUCGUAAUAUUUACCUAGCCGAUUUCGCUAGUUACAAACCCACUGAUGAGUUAAAGUGUUCCCAUGAAAUCUUCCUUGAGCACUCGGGCUUGCUAGGAAUAUUUUCUGAAGAAAGCUUGGCUUUUCAAAGAACGAUCUUAGAAAAAUCGGGUUUAGGACAAUCCACAUACUUUCCAGAGGCUAUGUGGGAGCUUCCACCAAACCCAUGCAUGGAUAAAGCAAGAAUAGAAAUUGAGACGGUUCUAUUUGGAGCUAUCGACGAAGUUUUGAACAAAACUGGCAUCAAACCUUCUGAAAUAGGCAUACUUGUUGUGAAUAGUAGUCUUUUCAAUCCUACCCCAUCGUUGUGUUCAAUGAUCAUAAAUCAUUAUAAGCUCAAGAGUGAUAUUGUGAGCUACAACCUUGGUGGAAUGGGUUGCAGUGCUGGACUCAUUUCUGUAGACCUUGCCAAACGGCUCCUUCAAGUGCACCCAGAUUCAUGCGCCCUAGUAGUAAGUACCGAAAACAUUACACUGAAUUGGUACUGGGGAAACAAAAGAUCAAUGUUGGUAUCCAACUGUCUAUUCAGAAUGGGAGCCGGAGCUGUAUUACUAUCAAACCGAACAUCUGAUCGUAGCCGUGCUAAAUAUCAAUUAAUCCACACCAUCCGAACACAUAAAGGUAAUGAAGAUCGUGGAUACAAAUGUGCUUAUCAAGAAGAAGAUAAUACAGGAAGUGUGGGAGUUACAUUAUCCAAAGAUUUAACAUCGGUUGCUGAAGAAGCUUUGAAAAGUAAUUUAACAACUUUGGGUCCCCUUGUUCUUCCAAUUGCCGAAAAGGUCAAAUUUGUUGUUAACUACAUAUCAAGAAAAUGGUUAUUGAUGGAGGUAAAGCCAUAUGUUCCUGAUUUCAAGCUAGCUUUCGAUCAUUUCUGUAUUCAUGCUGGUGGUAGAGGUGUUCUUGACAAAGUUGAGAGAAGUUUAAACCUAACUGAAUGGCAUUUAGAACCAUCAAGAAUGUCAUUAUACAGAUUUGGAAAUACUUCAAGCAGUUCUUUAUGGUAUGAACUUGCUUAUUCCGAAGCUAAAGGAAGGAUCAAGAAAGGUGAUAAGGUUUGUCAAAUUGCAUUUGGAUCAGGGUUUAAAUGUAAUAGUGCAGUUUGGCAUGCUUUAAAGACCGUCGAUCCUGCAACGUUAAAGAGCGCUGAUCGGAGAUCUAUUAAGAACGCUUGGAUUGAUGAGAUCGAUAGGUUUCCUGUUGAUUUGCCAAAGGCUUGAUCUCUUUAAUGGGUGCAUCGUUUUGAUGAACAUCAUCAUCAUGCAAUUAUAAUAGUAUAGGAAUGAUGAUAAUAGAUGAUCUUAAUUUGGAGAACUGUAAGUGGGUUUACGUUGUGUGUGAAAAAAAUAUCUAUGGUUGGGUUUUUUUUUGAUGCAGUUAUGGUUGGGUUUGGUACGUAAGGAGCACUAGUUACUGUUUGCAUGCAUUAUUUUAGUUGUACGUACUUGGUUAUCUUUAUCCUAUUGUUAUUAUAAAAUUAUUAUAAGUUUAUUUUCACGGAGGAGAAAGCACGGA